UCUCACAGUAGUUACAGGAGGACUCCCCCAGUGCCCUCUCACAGUAGUUACAGGAGGACUCCCCCAGUGCCCUCUCACAGUAGUUACAGGAGGACUCCCCCAGUGCCCUCUCACAGUAGUUACAGGAGGACUCCCCCAGUGCCCUCUCACAUUAGUCACAGUAGGACUCCCCCAGCGCCCUCUUACAGUAGUCACAGGAGGACUCCCCCAGUGCCCUCUCACAGUAGUCACAGUAGGACUCCCCCAGUGCCCUCUUACAGUAGUCACAGGAGGACUCCCCCAGUGCCCUCUCACAGUAGUCACAGGAGGACUCCCCCAGUGCCCUCUCACAGUAGUCACAGGAGGACUCCCCCAGUGCCCUCUCACAGUAGUCACAGUAGGACUACCCCAGCGCCCUCUUACAUUAGUCACAGGAGGACUCCCCCAGUGCCCUCUCACAGUAGUUACAGGAGGACUCCCCCAGUGCCCUCUCACAGUAGUCACAGGAGGACUCCCCCAGUGCCCUCUCACAGUAGUCACAGGAGGACUCCCCCAGUGCCCUCUCACAGUAGUCACAGUAGGACUACCCCAGCGCCCUCUUACAUUAGUCACAGGAGGACUCCCCCAGUGCCCUCUCACAGUAGUCACAGGAGGACUCCCCCAGUGCCCUCUCACAGUAGUUACAGGAGGACUCCCCCAGUGCCCUCUCACAGUAGUCACAGGAGGACUCCCCCAGCGCCCUCUCACAGUAGUUACAGUAUGACUUCCCUUAUAGCAUCUCCUCUCACAAAGUGGUCAAAGCAGGACUCUGCCAGCCCACUCUCGCAGUAGUCAUAGCAGGACUCCAUUGCAGCCUGUUCCCACCUACAGUAGUCACAGUAUGAUGCCUCCACAUCGCUUAUCCUCACAGACUAAUCACAGUAGGACUCCUUCACAGAUCUUACCCUCACACAGUAGUCACAGCAGGCCUCUCCCCGCAAUGAUCACAGCAGGACUCCCCCAGCCGCUUCACACAGUAGUGCUAGCAGGACACCUUCAUAGCCUUUGUGACUGUCAUAUUUCAGGCAUGACAACUAAUGGGUCACAACACAACCCCAUUCACUUUCAAUAGUUGUUUUUGAACUAUGGCUGCCCAGCAUGUGAUGCGCGCAAAGUCCCCGUGCAGAGUCCUGUGUCCCCCUCAUUGCCCAUCUAUCUAUCAGGAGGCUCAGCUCCAUCUGCCCUCUGUGCAAUAACGAGACAAGGGAGCCCAUCACUAUCUCCUGUGGACACAAAUUCUGCUGGACUUGCUACUCUGAAGAUCGAGCUUCCAUGGAGAAAUAUGGAUAUAGUUGUCCGGAAUGUAUCAACCAAAAACCUGAUGAGCCCCUGCAUCUAGUAAGUGUUGAUGAGAAUGGCCUGCUGGUUCUACAAGACAAGAUUCUGUAUAGAUGUUUCCUGAGUCGGAGGAUUGAUAAAUACCCCGUCUACGUGAUAAGUGUGAUCGGAGAGAGGCGAACAGGAAAAUCCUUCCUAAUGAAUUACCUUAUAAAAGCCCUCCAAAGCCAGGAGACAGCUAAGAAAUUUGAUCUGGGGGAAGAAGAUGAGAUACUGAAGGGUUUUACUUGGAAGCCUGGACCAGACAAAGUUACUUUUGGGAUUUGGAUAUGGAGUAAACCUUUUAUCUUGGAGCGAAAUGGUCAGAAGGUCGCUGUAUUUCUGCUGGACACGGAAGGCUCCAUGGAUAUGGAAGGUGACAGAAAGGCCAGCAUAAAGAUGUGCAUGUUAACCAUGCUGCUCAGCUCACACCUUGUGUACAAUGUGAAUUCCAGCAUAAAAGAAACCGACAUUGACGAUCUUGAGAUUUAUUGUCAUGGAAUCGGCAGUGAUAAACGCUACAAAUUAAAGUACUUUGAUUUUUUGAUUCGAAACUGGUAUGACCCGAAGAAAUGUGCAACAAAUGAUGCCGAAUCCUAUAUAAAUAAGGAAACUGAGAAAAUGAAGAAAAGAUACAAGAACUGCACAUUUUUGAAGGUCCUUGAUCAGUGUUCCUCCGAAUGCUUCUUGAUGCCGAACCCAGGCCCAGAAAUCACUAGCCAGGAGACGGGAAGACUUAGAGAUAUGAAUAAAGAAUUCCAGGACAGCUUGAGAACAUAUCUGUCAGGCGUAGUGAAGAGAAUCUAUCUCAAUAUCGGACCUGCUGACUAUGAAAAUACAUCCACAUGUAGUGAAAUGAUUAGGAUUAUGAUGGAGUUUGUGUCAUACCUGAAUGAUCUGAAGUACAACAUCUCCAGUCCAUCAGAGAUGUAUAACAUGGGAAAGAACCAGGAACACAUGGAAAAAAUAAAGAACGAGUUUCAAGAAUUUCUCAAUAGCUGGCCCAUGUGGCGACUCAGAAUAGGGGAUACGGUUGCCAACAAGAUCUCAGAACUUCAACAGAAAUUUGAGAACUCUUUCAUAUAUAUAAAUGAAGAUGAUCACAAGGACCAGCUGGAGAAGCUGAGGGAAUAUUUGGUUACUGAAGGAGACAAGUUCUGCAGGAAUCACAAUACUAAACUUCUACUAAAUGGGAUUCCUGCUUUGGUAGCAUUGGGGGCAGCUUCAGCAGGAGCAUUUAUGGCGGCUGGGGCGGCACCAGCAGCAGUAGCAGUAGCAAAUCCAUCAACAGUUGAGAUGGUUGUCGGUGUAGCUUCAGCAGGUGUCAGAAUGAGUUGGGCUCUGGUACGUAGAUUUAUUUGAAAUAAACAAACACAUAUUGUAAUCUAGGGAUUAUACAGAGGCAUUGUGAAGAGUUCCAAGUACCAAAAAACAGCCAUCAGCUGAUCACCACCCACUCAGCUUCUCUAAAUUGGUGGGACCCCCAUUGAUCAGCUAUCUGUAUGGCGUCUCCACCAAAAAAUAAAAGGGUUAUCCAACCCCUAUAAUGACCCCCCAAUGCCCGGGUCCCUUGUAUGGAUUAUACUUACCUGCUUUCCGGCACCUACGUUGAUCUGGAUCCCUGCACGGCCGCGGCUGCAUCUCCGGCAAGGAAGGGGGGCGAAGCUAAAAGCAGGUCGCGACGGGGACAAGACUUCCUAGCAUCACCCCCAAUGGUAGGGAGGCUUGUCCCCGUCACGGACUGCUAUUUUUCUUCUCCCCAAUCCCUCGCCCCACCGUCAAUGGAUGUGUUGAUCCACGCAAUGGGGAGAUGCAGCAGUGGCCAUGCAGGGAUUCGGAGCGACGCAGGUGCCGGGUAGCAGGUAAGUAUAAUCCAUACAAGAGGCCUGGGCUUUGGGGAGGUCAUUAUUGUAAAUUGGAUGGCACCACAAAUAGUAGAGCUGCACAGUCACAAAGUUGGUAAGGCUUUAAAAAGACAGAGGAUCAUGCAGUUCUAUCUAUAAUCUACCAUGUUGAUCCAGAGGAAGGCAAAAGACCCCUAUUGGGGGGUCACCAAUUGCUCCUAUUAGAUCCUCACCAACAUCCCAUAUCCAGAAAUCUACUAACUAUAACCUGCAAUAUUUUUAUAUUCAAGAAAGGCCUCCAGAUCCUUCUUGGACUUGUACAAUAAUUCAACCAUUACAACCUCCAUUGUGUCCCUGCCCUUACAGUAAAGAAUCCACAUCUAUGAUAUUGGUGAAACCUUUCCUUUAGAUGAAGAGGAUGACCUCUUUAUAGAACUCAAGUAAGUCAGCAUGUAUUGGGUGCAAAACUGAAGCUCAAAGACGAGAAUGCAUGCACAUAAGACUGCUCCAAGGUUAAAACAUAUUGUAUUACAAAAAUCACAAAAUACUGCAUUACAGCCCUGCCCAGAAGAGAAACCGUUCAAAACCACACAAAUUAAUUAUUACUAUUGUAUGCCACAAGGCAAAUAUCUCGAGCACUGGAAUCAAUGGGAAAGACAGUGAUAGAUGUUUGUGUAGCUGCCCUGGUACAUACUUAUGAUCAUUACCUAACAUUAUGUACUAUGGAAGCACAGAGAACCCAUGAACAAACAGGUGAUUCUAUCAUAAAAUGUUAAUCUGGUACUUGUAAUGCUGAUGUAUAAGAUUAUAAUAAAAUAAAUAUUUUAUGACAUUUA